AUGUGGAAACUUGAAGGCCUUCCUAAUACGACCUUCUUGGCGCUCAUCGCCGGCGCCGCGCUCGCAGCAGCAGCACCUCGGUCAUCUUCAUACAACGCAUCUGGUAGCCAGCCCGACUAUGUGAUUAUUGGUGGUGGGCCAGCCGGUUUCGUUCUCGCGGAGGAGCUGUCCCAGAAUCCCCGGACCACCGUUGUCCUUCUGGAAGCCGGGCCAGACACUGCCGGCGAGGAGGAUAUCGACAUCCCGGGUUAUUCGCCAAACCUGUUAUACACGCAGUACAUGUGGAACUACACCUCUCAGCCGGAUCCUAACCUCGAAGGCAAUGCUCCAACGUUGGAACAGGGCCGCGGCUUCGGUGGCGGCAGUGCCGUCAACUAUUUGGGUGCUUGUCGUGGCGCGCCCUCCGUCUUCGACGAGUGGGCUGACAUUAGUGGAGACGACGGUCUCCGGUGGGAGAACUUCCUGAACGACUACAAGUCUACCGUUCACUAUCAAGAGGUUCCCCUGGACUACGACCCGCAUAUCAAUCCUAGCGCGUACGGUGAUGGCCCACUUGAACUUACCGCUCCUCUUGAAAAUCUUGGUAUCGUUCUGGAACUUAUCAACUCGUUCAUAUCCGUCCUCAAGCUUCCGUGGGUCGAUUUGAAUGAUGGUACUGGUCUUGGUGUUGCAACUAGUACCAACGUCAUUCGCGCGUCGAACCGUACCAGAGACUUUGCCCCACAGGCUUUCGGCUGGCAGUUGGCUGGUCGUCCCAACGCUCAGCAGCUUUCCAACGCUGAGGUGACCAAGAUUGGUUUCAAGGGUACGCGCGCUGUUUCCGUCACCUAUGUCAAUCCCAUCGACAACUCCACCAACACCCUUUACCCUAAGGAGAUUAUUGUCUCCGCCGGUGCCCUCAAUAGCCCCAAGCUUCUCAUGCUCUCUGGCGUUGGUCCUGGAGACCAUCUCAGGUCCCUUAAUAUCCCUGUUGUCGCUGACAUUCCUCAACUCGGCAAGAAUCUACGUGACCACCACUGCGCUUUUAUGUCGUUUGAGGUUACUUCGCAGGUGGAGACGCUGUGGCAGUAUACCCAGAACGCCACAUUCGCCGCCCUCGCGGAGGAGGAGUAUAUAAAUAACAGCAGUGGUCCCCUCAGCGUCCCUAAUGGUGCAGCCUUCGCGAUCUACCGCGCUCCUGACUCCGUCUUUGAGGCCGUGGACGACACUUUCCACACUUCUCUGCCCGCUGACCGUGGCCAGUUGCUGUUUCAGUAUUCCACCUCGACUUUCCAGGCCACCACUCCCAACGUCAGCAUAGUCUCCCCCUUUGUUGGUCUAGUUCAGCCCCAGGAUUCAGGUUACAUGCUCCUGGCUUCGGCUGACUACCGCGAUGCGCCGCUGGUUUAUUCCAAUUACUACGGUUCUGCCGGUGACAAAGCCGCCAUCCUCCACGGCUACAAGCGGAUCCGCGAACUAUUCUCCGAUCCAUCGAUCACGCCCCUGCUCAUGGGUACCGUCGCCCUCGGCACCGUGGUGGAGGGGAAAACCUGGAGAAUCAAGGGCCUCGACGGUAUUCGGGUCGUGGAUUCGUCCACCUUCCCCUACCCGCCGACGUGCCAUCCGAUGGCUACGGUUUACGCAUACGCGCAGCACGCGGCGCAGCUGAUCAGGGAGCAGGACCGGUAG